CGCCCACACGCGGCCCGCUGCGCCGGGGACCCAGGUGGAGCACGCUGGCUGCGCCAUGCCGCCUCUGGAGGCGAUCCGCUACUCGCGGGGCUCGCUGCAGAUCCUCGACCAGCUGCUGCUGCCCCAGCAAUGCCGCUACGAGGAGGUAGACUCGGUGCGCCAGGCCUGGGAGGCGAUCCGCGCCAUGAAGGUGCGCGGCGCGCCUGCAAUCGCGCUCGUGGGGUGCCUCAGCCUGGCCGUGGAGCUGCAGGCCGGAGCUGGGGGGCCGGGACUCGCCGCGCUCGUUGCCUUCGUGCGCGACGCGCUGAGCUUCCUGGUCACCGCCCGGCCCACCGCCGUCAACAUGGCCCGCGCUGCCCGCGACCUGGCCGACGCCGCAGCCCAAGAGGCCGAGCGGGAGGGCGCCACGGAGGGGGCCGUCCGGGAGAGAGUGAUCUGCUUCGCUGAAGACAUGUUGGAGAAAGACCUCAAGGAUAAUCGGAGCAUUGGAGACCUGGGAGCCCACCACCUCCUGGAGCGGGCAGCCCCCAAGGGCAGCAAGGUGACCGUGCUGACCCACUGUAAUACUGGUGCACUGGCCACGGCUGGCUAUGGCACAGCCCUGGGUGUGAUCCGCUCGCUGCAUAACCUUGGCCGCCUGAAGCAUGUCUUCUGCACGGAGACCCGGCCCUACAACCAGGGGGCCCGGCUGACAGCCUUCGAGCUGGUCUAUGAGCAGAUUCCCGCCACCCUCAUCACCGACAGCAUGGCAGCAGCCGCCAUGGCUCACCGGGACGUGUCAGCUGUUGUUGUGGGAGCUGACCGUGUGGUUGCCAAUGGUGACACAGCCAACAAGGUGGGCACCUACCAGCUGGCCAUCGCCGCCAAGUACCAUGGCAUCCCCUUCUACGUAGCUGCCCCCAGCUCCUCAUGUGACCUCCGUCUGGAGACGGGCCAGCAGAUCGUCAUUGAGGAGCGCCCCGGCCAGGAGCUGACCGAUGUCAACGGGGUCAGGAUUGCAGCACCCGGAAUUGGGGUUUGGAAUCCUGCCUUCGAUGUCACCCCCCAUGACCUCAUCACUGGCGGCAUCAUCACAGAGCUGGGUGUCUUUACCCCCAAAGAACUCCAGGCAGCCCUAAGCACCACCAUCUUGAGGGUGGGGACAUUAGAUGGACCCCAGAAGUAACCAACCCGGCUCUCCAUACCCUGCCCCAUCCCCCUAGGUUUUAUAAUAAAAUGUAUUGAAUAGUCUGCCCCAAA